AUGGCAACUUCUAACUCGCUUGACCAUUACGCAACGCUCGAAGUGGCCGUACCGGCGAGCCUUACAGAGAUCAGGAAAUCGUACAGGCGACUCGCCUUAGUGCACCACCCGGACAAAAACCAGAACAGAGCGGACGCCACCAAGCAAUUUCAAUGCAUUGUAUCUGCUUGGGAGAUACUUUCCGACGAGGCCAAACGGAAGAAAUAUGACUCGACUCGACAUACGACCCGUUCCGCCACUACGGCAGAUGUGCGCAACAAUACUGGGGGUAACAGCUCGUCUAAGUCUUCGGCCGCUGGGAAGAAUGGCAGUGCCAAUUCUAGUAAACCACAGGAACAACCGACAACGGAGGGAGCUGAGGCAUCUAAGCGGAAACGCGAUGAUUAUCUCCGCUGGGAAAGGAUACAAGAUGACAAAAUUUUGAAGAUCCGUAGGACUGUAGAGAAGUUGAAGUCAGAGAUUCAAGCUCACGCUAAGCAGGACAAAAAAGACAGGGAUAAAAUAUCGCAGCAAAACAGUUGGUGGGCAUCCCUCACAGGACAGCCUAAGCUAACAGAUGAAGAGAAGAUGCAUAUGGAGAAUGAGUCAAUACAGAGAAUGGCAUCGACCAGAAUCAAGACAAAAAGGCUAGGGCAGGCACAGAAGGAACUCCAGGAGCUGGAGAGGCUCAAAAACUAACAGGAAAAGGCAGAAGAAACUAGGCUCCAACAAGAAGCCGUGGAAGAGCAAAAGAAGUGGUUUGAGGAGUAUAUUUUGUUACUUAUAAUUGAAAGAAACUACGUUUUCAGGGAAGAUAGGGGUAUUGUAGUCACAACGG